CCCCGGAAGCGCCCUCUGUCGGUCCGUGUACUCUGACAGGUUUAUUAAACAGGGGCAGAAAGCUCUUUCGGAACUCUGCAGCCGCAGCGGCUCUGAUUAUUUCACCAUCGGGGUUCGGUCCAACAUGGCGGCUUACGGAUGGAAAUACUGAUGACAGUCCGAAAGAUCGCCUCGAUUUGUACGAUGGGCGCCAAUGCCUCUGCCUUGGAAAAGGAGAUUGGACCGGAACAGUUUCCCGUAAAUGAACACUACUUUGGCUUGGUUAAUUUUGGAAACACCUGCUACUGUAACUCGGUGCUGCAGGCUCUGUACUUCUGUCGACCGUUCAGGGAGAAGGUGCUGGCGUACAAGGUGCAGCCUCGCCGUAAAGAGUCCCUGCUCACCUGCUUGGCUGACCUGUUCAACAGCAUCGCCACACAGAAGAAGAAAGUCGGCGUUAUCCCGCCCAAGAAAUUCAUCUCACGGCUGAGAAAGGAAAAUGAGCUGUUUGACAACUACAUGCAGCAGGACGCCCACGAAUUCCUCAACUACCUUCUCAACACCAUCGCUGACCUUCUCCAGGAGGAGAAGAGCCAGGAGCGGCAGCAGAACGGAAAACUGGUUCAGAAUGGAGGUGGAGGAGUGGGAGGAGGGGGAGUAGGAGGAGGCAGUAGCGAAUCAGGAGGAGGAGGUGGAGAAGUGGAAGGAGGGAAGGAGACGCAGCAGACCUGGGUGCACGAGAUCUUCCAAGGAACGCUGACCAACGAGACGCGCUGCCUCAACUGUGAAGCUGUGAGCAGCAAAGACGAGGACUUCCUGGAUCUGUCUGUGGAUGUGGAGCAGAACACGUCGAUCACGCACUGUCUCAGGGGCUUCAGUAACACAGAGACGUUAUGCAGUGAAUACAAGUAUUAUUGCGAGCAGUGUCGCAGCAAACAGGAAGCCCAGAAAAGGAUGAGGGUAAAGAAGCUACCCAUGAUCCUCGCCCUCCACCUAAAGCGCUUUAAAUACAUGGACCAGCUGCACCGCUACACCAAACUGUCCUAUCGCGUUGUCUUCCCCCUGGAGCUCCGCCUCUUCAACACGUCCGGGGACGCAACCAACCCGGAUCGUUUGUACGACCUGGUGGCUGUCGUCGUGCACUGUGGCAGCGGACCAAACCGCGGACACUACAUCACCAUCGUCAAGAGCCACGGCUUCUGGCUGCUGUUUGACGAUGACAUCGUAGAGAAAAUUGACGCGCAGGCGAUCGAGGAGUUCUACGGUCUGACCUCGGACAUUUCCAAGAACUCUGAGUCAGGAUACAUCCUGUUCUACCAGUCGAGAGACUGAACCAAGGCGGUCGUAAGUCCCCAACAGACUGUCACUCAACAGAGGGGGGAGGGGCUUAUGGCAGCCACCUGCUCCGCCCUCACUUAAGUAUCCAGGCUUAUUUCCUGUAGGCGGAGCUACACUGGAGUGCCACUCGGGACGGGUUGAGACGUGUGCGGCAGGUCUUGUUACAGCCUUCUGGAUUACCGUUCAAAUCCUCUGUGUCCACACUGCUGCAGCAGAGCACCUUAAAAAUAUAUUUUAAAAAAACAUCCACUAGAACCCCCCCACUCCCCCACCCCCGGCAGAUUCCACAACACUCGCUUUGCACUGUGGGCAGACUGACCAAUCCAAGAGGCUGACAUGUGGAGGACGAGCAGGAGAAGAUGAUGCGGCAUAACCAGCUGUUUUGGAUGCAACUGGUGUCGGGGGGUUAAGGUCUGAGUCGGCCCUUUUUGUGGCUUGUUGCACUGACACGCAACUCCCCCAAAGAUUCCUUUAACGUCCCACCUGUCACAGCAAAACCACUGACACUACCUGUAGUGAGUGAACGGCUUGAAUGUGAGCGCGGCGCUUGGAUGAUAGUUUGCGGUGUUUUGUAUAGUGAAGUUUUGCCAAUCACGUCCUGCGCAGUGUUACAGGCGAUGGUUGAAAUGGAAACCAGCCACCAGGGAGGUGCUGAUGGAGCUGAAAUGUUCCCCACACUCAUGAGUAAGGCUCUUUGUUUCAGGUUUAAAAUUCUUAACUACAAAAAUAAAGAGGAAAAAAGUGAAACCCGUUGACCAAAAGUACAAUUUGCAGCUUAAAUAAUUUUUUUAAACAACCCUGUUUAAAGAAAAGAAUACUUUGCCACAUGUUAUAUUUUUUAAUCCAAUCCUUUGGAUCACCAACAGUCCUGGUCUAGAUUCCAGAGCGUCUAGAGUGUCUAAAGCCACUCGUGGUGCCACAGUGGGGGAGGGAAAAGAGCUCAAAGGAAGUAUUUCAACAGCAUAAGCUAAUUUUUAAAAUGCCAGCUUCUCAUGGUUUUGACAGCAAGCACCCGCUCCUUUGCUCUCGAGGAUGUGUUGUUGUAACAUGUCUGACUUUUUUUAAAGAUGCCACAAUAUGCACAUUUGUACUUUUUCUUUUUCUU